UAUAAUUUCCGGGCGAAAACGGCGAAGAUAAACGUCAACGCGUGCCAUCUCUUUCAGGUUCUUUUUCCGGUCGGCCAUCAGUGCCAGUGAAACACAUUUCACUAAGCCAAUAUGGGUAAGAUUAUGAAAACUGGUAAGGUGGUACUCGUCCUUGGGGGACGGUACGCCGGUCGCAAGGCAAUCAUCAUGAAGACGUUCGAUGACGGUACAUCGGACAAGCAGUUCGGCCAGGCUCUGGUUGCCGGCAUCGACCGCUACCCACGGCGCGUGAAGCGAACGAUGAGCAAGGAUCGCAUCCACAAGCGUUGCAAGAUAAAGCCAUUCAUCAGGAUGCUGAACUACAACCAUCUUAUGCCGACACGUUACAGCGUGCCGGACGUGAGCCUGGAUAGCAAAUACACCGCGGCCGACAUGAAGGAUCCGGCCAAGCGGAAGAAGGCUCGCCACCAGAUCCGUUGCAAGUUCGAGGAGCGACACAAGACCGGCAAGAACAAGUGGUUCUUCCAGAAGCUCCGUUUCUAAGCAACUACUCUACAAAGACUCCGACACACAACCGCUCUCGUCAGUGAGGUGGAACUGGGUGGGCGAAUGAUAAAAAGUAGGGUAGCACGAGUUUUUCGAGAUUCGAUCUUCGCGCGGGGUGUGUGAUUUCCGGCCGAGUUGGCCACUGUGCGAUGUGUGCGUUUGUAUACGUGUUUGUUGUGGUGGUGCCGAGUGCGAACAGGAGAAGAUCCGAGCUGGUUAGUGUGCGUGUUUGUACAAUUGAGAAAAGAGGCCACAUGUUGUGUCACACAUGGCCGGCAGUUGGGGGCAGCCUUUUGGAAAACAUCGAGCAUUUCACCGGUGCUACACAUCUUAUAUGUACCGGGAAUGUGGAUCGUCCCGUAACAAGGGAACGGUAGAGACUGGAACGACAACAUUCAGCAGUUCUGCGCCAUCGGUCGGAAGGAUCAACUCGUACAGAUUCAAAAUAAAUUCGUGUAAUCUACUUGGAAAAAGGAAA